AUGCCCUCUGAGUCUCCAGCGGGGCCGACUGUGGCGGCCCCCAAUGCCACAGCGACGGCGGCGGCGUGGGCCAACCUCAGUCUGCCGGAGAAGCCCCUGUUCUACCUGUUCGCUGUUCUGGACAAAGAUCUGCACACCGACUUCCCGGGCCUGUGGCUGGCGCUGAUGGCCGUGCACGGCGUCAUCUUCCUGGCGGGGCUGGUGCUCAACGGGCUGGCGCUGUAUGUCUUCUGCUGCCGCACCCGGGCCACCACGCCCUCCAUCAUCUACACCAUCAACCUGGUGGUGACCGACCUGCUGGUGGGCUUGUCCCUGCCCACACGCUUCGCCGUCUUCUACAGCACGCAGGGCUGCCUGUCCUGCGCCUUCCCCCACGUCUUCGGCUACUUCCUCAACAUGCACUGCUCCAUCCUCUUCCUCACCUGCAUCUGCGUGGACCGCUACCUGGCCAUCGUGCAGCCGGAGGGUUCCCGCCGCUGGCGCCAGCCCGCCUGUGCCAGGGCCGUGUGUGCCUUCGUGUGGCUGGUGGCCGGCGCCGUGACCCUGUCCGUGCUGACGGCCGGCGGCGGGCCCUGCUGCCGCAUCUUUGCGCUGACCGUGCUGGAGUUCCUGCUGCCGCUGCUGGUCAUCAGCGCGUUCACGGGCCGCAUCGUGUGUGCGCUGUCGCGGCCGGGGCUGCUGCGCCAGGGCCGCCAGCGCCGCGUGCGGGCCAUGCAGCUGCUGCUCACCGUGCUCGUCAUCUUCCUCGUCUGCUUCACGCCCUUCCACGCCCGCCAGGUGGUCGUGGCCCUGUGGCCCGACAUACCGCCCCAUAUCAGCCUCGUGGUCUACCACGUGGCCGUGACCCUCAGCAGCCUCAACAGCUGCAUGGACCCCAUCGUCUACUGCUUCAUCACCAGCGGCUUCCAGGCCACGGUCCGUGGCCUCUUCCGCCGGCGUGGAACAGAGUGCGAGGCUGGCGUUGGCGACGUGGUCAGCCUGCGCAGGAGCUCCAGGGGCUCCGGCCACCAGCACAUCCUCAGCGCUGGCCCCUGCGCCCUCACGCAGGCCCUGGCCAAUGGGCCUGAAGCAUAG